AUGUAUAGGAUACAGUUUUCAGUUCUCAUUCUAGUCCUUAAAUGCAGGCAGCAGGGACCAAAGAGUCAUUGUUCUGUUAAGACCGCUCGAGAGAUUUCAGCAGCAAUGGCAAGAACCAAGCAGACCGCUCGUAAAUCUACUGGAGGCAAAGCCCCAAGGAAGCAGCUCGCUACUAAAGCCGCCCGUAAGAGCGCCCCGGCCACCGGUGGAGUGAAGAAGCCUCAUCGUUACAGGCCCGGCACCGUGGCUCUGAGAGAGAUCCGCCGUUACCAGAAAUCAACCGAGCUGCUGAUCCGCAAACUUCCCUUCCAGCGUCUGGUGAGAGAAAUCGCUCAGGACUUCAAGACGGAUCUGCGCUUCCAGAGCUCUGCUGUCAUGGCCCUGCAGGAGUCCAGUGAGGCUUACUUGGUCGGUCUGUUCGAGGAUACCAACCUGUGCGCCAUCCACGCCAAGAGAGUCACCAUCAUGCCCAAAGACAUCCAGCUGGCCCGCCGUAUCCGUGGAGAGCGCGCUUAAAACCGCAUUACAACAUAAACCCCAACGGCUCUUUUAAGAGCCACUAAA